CUCUGAUAAAUGAAGUGCCAUCAGUUCAUUUUGAAUCCUACACAAGCCUUUUUGGCCGCCGCUGCAGAAAGCUCAUUCAUUUAAAUUUACUUCUAUUUAAAAGUAACACGCCCCUGAAAGCCUGGUUUAAUAUGAAUAUGCGGACCGCAGGCUUUGCAUCGAAUCAGAGAGGAGAGACACUUCCGUUUAUAUUGUCUCCAUCAGGUGGUGUAUUAUUGCCAGAAUCAACUUCCAUCGUUGCCUCCGGGUAUUUCCCCACAGUUUCGCUGCGCCCCGGCAGAUCUUGCGCGUAACCUUGUCAUGUGGACUAUAUCGAGAUAGACUCGAGAUUGAGACAUCGGGCGAAGGGGGUAGGUAAAGCUGCUUGGCCACGAGAGGAAAUCCACGUUCUUCCGGAAGGGCCAUAUAAGCCACUUUCCUCUCUUAUUGUUUUCCAUCACCGUCGUGCCGGAUUCAGAAGUAAUCAAAGUCAGCAAUCGUCAACAUGUAUCUCACAUCCAUUUUGCUUGCGACGGCCCUUGUGCUGGGGAGAAUCGCGGAUGCUGCGCAGGGUCAACUUCAGAAGGUUAAUAACUUCAAAGCUGGUCCGACGAAUGCUGGCAUGUACAUUUAUGUGCCUUCUAAGAAAUUGACACCCGCGCCGAUUAUUGUUGCGAUUCAUUAUUGUACGGGAACUGCGAAUGCGUACUUCUCGAACUCCAAGUAUGCGACUCUGGCGGAUACGAAGGGAUUCAUUGUCAUCUAUCCUCAAUCUCCUUCAAGUGGUGGAUGCUGGGUAAGCAACUAUCUUUCUUCAAUCUUUUUGAGCUUAUAUCUAAGUGGUUGGAGAAAUUUCAUCCCCAAUUCUUUCUACAACGAGAGAACCAUGAACUAACGUCCUGAUAGGAUGUUGCAUCCAAGGCAUCUCUGACACAUGAAGGUGGUGGAGACUCAAAGACAAUUGUAAACAUGGUCGACUACGCCGUUACUAAUUACGGCGGAGACAGAGACAAGGUCUUCGCAACAGGAAGCAGUUCAGGCGCCAUGAUGACCAACGUAUUAGCUGGAGCUUAUCCCAAUAUCUUCAAAGCCGGAUCCAGCUACUCUGGCGUCCCAGAUGGCUGCUUCUAUGUUUCCUCCGCCACUGCUGGUAUGGCCACCCCAGGAUGGAACAACGACUGUGCAAACGGGAAAUCUGUCAAGACUGCUCAACAAUGGGGUGAUCUCACGCGCAGCUACUACCCAGGAUACAAUGGAACGUAUCCUAAGAUGUUGAUGUGAGUUGGGCCAUACAAUCAAUCGACUCGGUCCAAUGACUGACAUCUCUCGCAGCUGGCAUGGAACUGCAGAUACCACCCUUGGCUAUCCCAACUUUGCGGAAGCGCUGAAGCAGUGGUCUAACAUUUUUAAUCUCGCUCUGACCCAAGAUGUGGCCAAUAAUCCACAAUCAGGCUACACCAAGAAGGUGUAUGGUGAUGGAACUAAGGUAUGAAAUUUAUCCAUGAUCUCUUCAGAAACGAACAAAUACUAACCCUUUCCAGCUUAUUGGAUACAGCGGCCAGAAUGUAGGCCAUACUGUUCCCAUCCAUGAAGAUAUCGACCUUGCAUGGUUCGGUCUGUAAAAAGCGAAAGUGGUAAAGGAGGUAUGGUCACGUGGCUUGGUAUUGUAUCAAAGCUGGGUUGAAAAUGUAUAUAUGUACGUCGUAGGACAAGUAAAUAGCAAUAACUUGAGCUUGAACUCAUACC